ACCGUUUAUUUUGCUUUUUAUUAUUUAGCAAGUAACGUUAAGCAAUGACUUAUGAAUAAAGGAUCGUUAUAAUAACGAUGUUGUCCAAUUUAUGAUUCUUGUGACGCCAGAAAAUACGACAGAAGAAAGAACCGAGCCAACAACUCCGGCACAACCCCUCACCAAUGUUGUGAGUGAAACAGCGCACAGGAUACUAGCAAUGAAUAAGGACUCUGACCUGUCUGGUGUACCUCCAAAGAAAUCUCGUGUCGAGGUGCAAUCUCUACCAACGAGACAAUACUUGGAUCAAACCGUAGUUCCAAUUUUGUUACAAGCGCUGUCAACAUUAGCUAAGGAGAGACCCGCUGACCCCAUCAGCUUUUUAGCUGGAUAUUUGUUAAGGAACAAGAGCCAAUAUGACAAUGGUGAAUCACCGCCAACUAGUCAAUGAACUGCCUAUCGAUUUUUAAGUAUGUGAUGGAAAUUCGAUAAAUUGUUUAUGAACAUUUACUGACUUUUUAUAGACACUUAUUGACAUAGGGAUAUAUUUGAAUUGGGCAAGGUGCAUCCGUGUAAUUUCAAAUUGAAUAAAAAUGUAUUAGCUUUUUAUCAUGCGACGGUUCUUUCAAUGGUUCAAGCGCAGUAAUAUAAGUUACCACUAAUGUUCAUUUUUGUAUCUAUCUAAUCAAUUCUUUACGAUUGCUUCCCUCUUUCCAUUGUGUGUGUAUGCAGAUAAUUCAAAUUUGUACAGGUUAACCAUGUUACAAAGACAUUAAAUAUUUUCAAUAGUUCAAA